UACUUAAGCGACAAAAACAUGUCUAGACGCAGAAAAUAUUAACAGUUCGUUUUACAGAGCUUGAUUCAACAUAAGAGAUGGCGGGAUUCAAACCUUCUCAUGUGUUUGCAUCUGUAUCAAGUCCUCCAAAGAAACAAAUGAAGAUUGAAGAUAUUGAUUUUGAAAAUAUAACUCCUUUAACAAAUGUCAAGGUAUCGGAUCGAUUCAUUACAGUAAAUGCUGUGGGAGAAGUGAGCUUGCCACCUGACAGAUGUAAAUUAACACUACGGAUAAACUCACAGAAAGAAAAUGUUGAUGAAGUGAAAACCAGCAUUACGAGACGCGUUGACUACGUACUUCAGACUCUACACAACCACUCAAUAAAGGAGUCCGAUAUAAAGAUGUACAAAACGAUCAGAAGGGUGGAAGGACUAUUUUCCAUGGAGGCAGAGAUUCAAGCUAUUUUUGCAGAUCAACAUAAAUGUCAGACGGUUGCCAACCUCUUGGUAGAGAAGCUUGACGAGACAGUAACAGUGUGCCUUCCAGAGUUCUAUCAUGCUUCUACCACUAUGCAAAAUCUUAGACAACAAGCAAGUUUAUUAGCUAUUCACAAUGCCAAAUUGAAAGCCCAGGAAAUGGCAAAGUUUGUACAUCAGAAUAUUGGUCAGCCAAUCAGUAUAGCAGAAGAAGAGACAAAGGAGUGGCAGGGCUCUCAGGAGACACCUGCAGAUAUUGAGAACACAAAGACAGUCCAACAGCGACUUACUGAUAACACAGUUACUGUCUCUUGUAAAGUGUCUGUGCGCUUUGAACUAAAGCCCAAAGUGAAGACAAAAGCAGUUAGAUAAUCUAGGAUUGUUGUAACUUAUUUUGAAUAUUCAAGUGUUUGAUGUUAAUUGUAUUUCUAUGUACAAUGAAUCAUCAAUAUGUGGAUUGUAAAAAGACAAUGUGCAUAGCUGUGCCACACAUAUUUUGAUUGGGGGUGGGGGAUGAUAAAUGAUACCAUUAUUCGUAUCAUGGCUAUAUAUGCCAGAGUACAAAUGCAGAAAAAAUACAUAACUCUAUCAGCUGUUACUUUUCUGCUAAAAUUUGGGCUAUAUACCUUUAUGUUACUCCCCAAAAUGUUAAACAUGUCAUGGAUCUAGCAUCUUUAGGGACCUUUAUUUAUCAUGACUUUCAUGACAUUUUCCCGAUUUUCAGGAUUAUUGAGAUCUGUACUUCCAGUAGACAUUUUCAUGUUUGCUGCACAAGUGACCAAGUUUUGGAAACCUAUUCUGUGAUAUAUUGUUAAAGUGAUAUGUAUAUUGGAAAUUUUAGUUGGGUUAAUAUGUAUGUAGUGUAUGUGCUUAUAUGUUAAAACUUGAAAUAUGUAUAAAUGAAAAUGGCUGAUGUGUAGACUUUGUCAGUGACGUUAAGAUUGUCCAUGUCAGUGAUGUUAAAAUUGUCCAUGUCAAUGAUGUCAAGAUUGGCCAUGUCAGUGAUGUAAAACUUGAAAUAUGUAUAAAUGAAAAUGGUCGAUGUGUAGACUUUGUCAAUGAUGUUAAGAUUGUCCAUUAAAGCUGACAAUGCUAGUUUGAAGUCUUUAAUUGAUAUAAAACAACAACAAAAACAACUGUUGUAAAUGAAUAAGUUAUUUUCUGGAAAUCACAGGACCACAAGCUUUACACUAUAAUGACACUAGUUCUAUAUUUUGAA